CCACUCUGAAAACAAGCAGCAGAAAGCCGAUCUGGACUGAAAGGCACACCUCUGCUCCUCUCGCCAUGUCUUUGCCCCGUCUGCUGUAGUGGAGGACUGUAUCUGAUCCCUCCUCCCUCCCUGGAAGACCUCCUUCCUCCUCCUCCUCCUCCUCCUCCACCUCUCCCUCCUCCACCCUCCAGCCGCCCCUGUGAUGCCUCCCUCAUGCUGUGGCUGUCUGUCACAGUACACCCACCAUCAUCUGGUUGUCUUCCUCCUCACCUUCUUUAGCUAUGUGCUGCUGCAUGCGUCCAGGAAGACGUUCAGCAACGUGAAAGUGAGCAUCUCCGCUCAGUGGACGCCGUCCUUGCAGAAUGAGAGCGCGGCCGCCUUCUCCCCCAGCGAGACAUGGGAGGACAACCGUCUGUUUGCAGACGAGAAGCAGGCCACGCUGUUUCUGGGAGCGCUGGACUCCAUCUUCCUCUUCUCGUACGCUGUGGGUCUGUAUCUCAGCGGCGUGAUCGGGGAUCGAUUCAAUCUGCGAUACGUCCUCUGCGUCGGCCUGUGUGGCUCCGCUGCCGUGGAGUUUGUGUUCGGCACGCUGACCGAAUGGCUCCAGCUCUACAACGUCUACCUGUACUGCGUGCUGUGGGUGCUGAACGGGCUGCUGCAGUCCGCCGUCUGGCCCUGCGUGGUGGCCGUCAUGGGCAACUGGUUCGGGAAGACCGGGCGUGGCUUUGUGUUCGGCCUGUGGAGCGCUUGUGCCUCCGUUGGAAACAUCCUGGGUGCUUUCCUGGCUUCUAGCGUGCUCAAGUAUGGAUAUGAGUAUGCCUUCCUGGUGACCUCCGUGGUGCAGUUCGCUGGUGGGGUGGUGGUGUUCUUCGGCCUCCUCACUUCCCCCAAAGAAGUUGGUUUGAGCCUGGAGUCGGAGACGGGACUCAGCCCGGUGGAGACGGACACCGACAGCCGCAAGCCUCUGAUGAGUGACGAGGAGGAGGAGGAGGAGGAGGAAGAGAGGGGGAGGGAGAGGGUGGAGGAGGAGGAAGCAGAGGAGGAGGAGGAUGACGAGGUGGAGUCGUGUGAGAGGAGAGAGCAGCCCGGUCAGCAGCAGGAUGAACCUGAGGCCCAGUCUCCACGAGCCAUCAGCUUCUGUCAGGCUUUCUGCCUGCCGGGAGUCCUGCCUUACUCCCUGGCUUAUGCCUGCCUGAAACUGGUCAAUUACUCCUUCUUCUUCUGGCUCCCGUUUUACCUGAGCAACAACUACAAGUGGAAGGAAGCGGAAGCCGACAGACUGUCUGUGUGGUACGAUGUUGGAGGGAUCAUCGGAGGAACGGUCCAGGGCCUGGUGUCGGACUUCAUGGGGAAGCGGGCCCCCGUCCUGGCCUUCAGCCUGGUGCUGGCUAUGGGAGCUCUGGUGGGAUACAGCCGAUCACCGGACGAUCAGGUGAUCAACGCCGUGCUCUUGGCCACCACCGGCUUUUUCAUCGGCGGCCCCUCCAACAUGAUCAGCUCGGCCAUAUCGGCUGACCUGGGGCGCCAGGAGGCCCUGAGGGGCAGCCAGGAGGCUCUGGCCACCGUCACCGGCAUCGUGGACGGAACGGGAAGCAUCGGAGCGGCCGGAGGACAGUACCUGGUGUCUCUGAUCGAGAGCAAGCUGGGCUGGAUGAGCGUGUUUUACUUCUUCAUCGUCAUGACCGGCGGCAGUGUGGCGUUCAUCUCCCCGCUGCUCUUCAAAGAGCUGCGCGCCAUGUGGAGGGAGCGGCGAGCCCUGCGGCGCCAGCUCUGAGCCGGCCGGCCGGCGAUGGUGCAGCAGGUCUGCUCAGAUUCACCUGCUCAGGUGAUUUUUAGCGGCGUAGAAAAGACGCGGGAUGCAGCUGAUCUGCGAUCCUUCUCCUGUAAAUAGUUUCAGAUGUCGGGUAGAAGUGCCUGACUUGACAAAAAAAAAAGAAAAUAUAUAGAGUUUGUGAAUCACAGAAUGUACCACUGUAUAUAUUUUAGGCUUUUAAAGGAUGUGAAUACUUCACUUUUUACAUGUGGAUGUUUUUGAGUUUUUAAGGUCAAACUCGUUUGGAUCACGCUCCUGGAAACUGUUUCCGGAGCCGAAACGCUUAAAACUGUGAUUGUAUUCUUGAAAAUCAGCAGCUGUGGAUAUUUAUCAUGUCUUUACGUAAGAAGUGUUGCACUGUCGGGUUCUCACGGGGAGUGUGGUGAAUCGCUCUCAUGGGUCGGGGACUUUUCACUUCACUGCCGUUUCAUGUGUUUUCUACACACUU